AUGACUACGGAGGAAGCAAAAGCAAUUAGCUUGAAGACCUUGGUGGAUAAAAAGAACAACAGAGUUAUAUUUGUGGAAUCAGAUGAGGACUUUCCUGAUGUUCUCUUUAGUUUCUUGACAAUGCCCAUGGGAACAAUCAUCAGGCUUAUUUCUAAUCAUAAUCAACCGCCAACAGUGGCAGUAGGUUGCAUGAACAAUUUGUAUGAAAGCAUUAAGAACCUUGACAUGCAGUAUUUCCGGACUGAAGCAUGCAAGACCAUGUUGCUAUGCCCCAGAAAUGACGCUGCACCUCAGAACAAGAGACUAAAAUUGCAAAUUGACGAUGGUGAGCUGCCGAGGUACUUCUUGUGCACUACGGAUUGUACAUUUUCUGGGCACAAGUUAUUGAGUCUCUACCCUAAUGCUGUUUGCGAAUGUGGACGGCUCAUGGAUAGGACGAUGGAGUUGUCAGAGAAGACUGUACAAAAGUUAGUUUUUGAUGCUCGAGAUAGAGGAGUGUUUGUUAAAGGACUGACCCAAUUUAUAAUAAGUGAUGAAUUACAAGUAAAGCCCUCAUCAAUAGAAGCAAGUGUCUCCGUACUGUCCAAGCUAAGACUCAUGGACUGUAGCGCCAUUGAGGAGUAUAAAUACUACAACGUCGACAUAGGGGUAGAUGAGAUAGCUGAACUGUGGUUGUGUUCGGGACCUGAUGCCUUCUUUCAGGUUCUCACUUUGCUCAGGUGCUCACUAGUGUCAAAGAAAUCUUUGACAGAAACUUUGUCGAAACAAAAUUCAGCAACAAAGUUCGGCAGAGAAGAUUUUGAUCAGAACAUCUAUGUCGAACCUACAGUGGAAGAACCAGAAUCAAAUGUGGACGGGAAGAUUCAUGUAAAGCUUAUCAUUAGCAAAUCCAAGAAAAUUGAAAUGCUUAUCAGUCCGAAGCUCGCCCCGGAUUUUAGGUAUGAGAACCAUCCUUUAGGCAUUGAAGAAGGUUUGCACCCAACAUACCGUGCUAUAGAAAAUUAUGACUAUAAUUGUGGUCGUUAUCGUUGUCAACUGAUUUCUGAUGGUGAAAUUCCUUCGGGAUCAUAUAAUAGAAGUUCAAUUUUAAUGGUCAAGGAUCCUAAGUCUUACUUUAAAGAAGCCACAAGAGGAGGAUUUGUGGCUGAAUCAGCAAUGUUUAUUGUAACUGACAAUCUGAUCAUCACACCCAUGUCUCAAUUCCAAAGUCUGUCUCUUCUAAACAAAUUGAAAGUACCUUUCAGCGAUAUUGAGGAGCGUGUUGUGCAUGUUGGCCGUGAGAAGGCUUUACGUCUAUUGGUGGCUUCUUUUGUAUCUGAAUCUGUUUUGACCAAUGCUUUGCGUCUAUUUGUGGCUUCUUUUGUAUCUGAAUCUGCUCUAACCAAUGCUUUUCUGAAAGAGCCAAAUUCAUAUUUCAGCUAA